AUGGAUACUUUGCAUUACCACGAGGCACUGAAAGGACAAGAAAGUAGCUCUACAAGAAAAAGUAUAGAAAUUAAUAUGAAAAAAGAUACAGAGGAAAACCAAACUCCAAUAAAUUCGUAUGGGGGUAAUCAUUUCGAAAGAAUAGGAUCAAAUACUUCGAUAAAUUCAUUGUUUGAUUACAAUGAGUACUAUUGCGAUGCUUUCAAAACCAACACAACACAAACUGCGGCUAGCAGUAUGAUAUCAACACCAUUUUUACUGACUUUAAAGGAAAAUGCUCUUGAAGUAGACGAAUUCAACACGUUGGUAUCGCAGAAGCUUAAUUUCAAGCGAACAGUCAUAAUUUUGGUUGGACUCCCAGCAUCAGGUAAGAGUACGAUAUCCAAGCAACUCUGUGGUUAUUUUGACCAAAAAAAUCACAAGACUAAGAUAUACAAUGCCGGUGACAUUCGCCGAAGACUUAAGCAUAAUUCGUUCAAUAGUUCGGAAUUCUUUGACCCUAACAACUUGAAGGCGAAGUAUGAACGAGAGGUCUUUGCCACUACCUCCUUGAGCAACUUAAUGCAUGAUUUGAACAAGGGGAACAUUAACGUUGGGUUUCUUGAUGCGACGAAUACUACGUUGGAAAGAAGAAAUAAAAUUAUGCAAUAUAUAAGGGAGACGCCAAUACGGGUGGAUAAUGUGAUUUUAAUGGAUAUUCAAUGCAACGAUGAGACUUUGAUAAACUUUAAUAUAAGUGGUAAGGCAUUUAAUGCGGAUUACAAAGGAAAAGACUAUAAUACGUCUGUUCAUGACUUCAAAGAGCGUGCAAAACAUUACGAGAAGAUCUAUGAUCCUAUCAACGAAAAAGAGCUCGCAACAUAUAAAGAUGUAGCUAGUCUUUAUGUUCAGAUUAUAAAUGGCGGUAAAAAAUUCAAAUUCACAAACAUCGGCGAUUCAAAUGAUGUUGAUAUUCAAGCUGAUAACCAAAUUGUCACACAUCUCACAAAUUUCAUUACAAAGUACCCAGAAAGGGAAGGGAAAAGAUAUUUCGAAGCAGUGGAAGCAUUUUACAAAAGCAAGAAUAAUAUUUAG